CACUCUUUUCGCCCCUGGGCACACUGUUUGCCUUUCGCACGCGUAUUUUUCUGCCGAUUUUGCGUGUAAAUUUUUUGUGAAAACGUAGUUAAAACGCAGAAACCAUGGCCAAUUUCGAUCUGACACGCAUCAACUGUCAAUAUUUGGACAGGCAUUUGACCUUCCCGCUGCUGGAGUUCUUGUGCGGCAAGGAGAUCUACAACCAGCAGGAGCUGCUGGAGUACAUCCUGGAGACGGUCAACAAGACGAACAUGAUCGAUUACACGAUGGACACCCGCAAGCGUCUCAAUCUCAGCCAGGAGAUGCCUGAGGAGCUUGUGCAGCGCAAGGCGGAGGUCCUGGCCACCCUCAAGCAGCUGCAGAACGAGGUGGCGCCCAUCAUGAAGGCCACCGACAUCCUCAAGAAUGGUGAGAGCAUGAAGGACUCCAAGACCUUCGUCAACGCCCUGCAAAAGGACUACAACUUCAAGGUUGAGCACCUGGAGAGCGCCUACAAGCUGGCCAAGUACCUCUACGAGUGCGGUAACUACCAGGAGUCCACCUCGUACCUCUACUUCUGCCUGAUCGUCAUGUCGCCCAACGACAAGAACUACCUCAAUGUACUAUGGGGUAAGCUGGCUGCUGAGAUCCUGACCCUCAACUGGAACACCGCCUUGGAGGAUCUGACGCGUCUGCGUGAUUACAUCGACAGCGCAAACUUCAGCACCAUUCAGGCUCUGCAGCAGCGCACCUGGCUGAUCCACUGGUCGGUGCUGGUCUUCUUCAAUCACCCCAAGGGACGCGAUCUCAUCAUCGAGAUGUUCCUGUACAAACCCCUGUAUUUGAAUGCCAUCCAGACGAUGUGCCCGCACAUCAUGCGCUACUUGGCGACCGCCGUGGUGAUCAAUCGUACCCGUCGCAACGCUCUGAAGGAUUUGAUCAAGGUUAUCCAGCAGGAGUCGUACACGUACCGCGAUCCCAUCACCGAGUUCUUGGAGUGCCUGUACGUGAACUUUGACUUCGAGGGAGCCCGUUUGAAGCUGCACGAGUGCCAAACGGUGAUCAUCAACGACUUCUUCAUCGUGGCCUGCCUGAAUGAGUUCGUGGAGGAUGCUCGUUUGAUGAUCUUCGAGACGUUCUGUCGCAUCCACCAGUGCAUCACCAUCAGCAUGCUGGCCGAUAAGCUGAACAUGAAGCCAAAUGAGGCCGAGUGCUGGAUCGUCAACCUCAUCCGCAAUGCCCGGCUGAAUGCCAAGAUCGAUUCGAAACUGGGCCAUGUGGUGAUGGGCACCCAGCCGCUGAGUCCGUACCAACAGCUGGUGGAGAAGAUCGACUCCCUGUCCAUGCGGUCGGAGCAUUUGGCCGGUUUGAUUGAGCGCAAGAGCAAGCAGAAGCAGAACCAGGAAUCAGUCGACUCCUGGAAGUACUACUAGAUUGCUGACAUUUUUAAAACCCCAACUAAGUUAAGACACUUUGUACCCUUUAAAUACCGAUGAUUGCGCGCAGUCGAGCGAAUAAACCAACAUCACACCCGUUCGCUCAA